UCCGUCCCAGUGCUUGACUUGUGCACACCAACGGGGGCCCAGCUAGUUCAAGCGAGGAUAGAGACCGUCCCGAACUGAACUCCGCGUUGCAAUAAGAGGCGGUCUUGGUGGAGCGUGGAGUGGAGUGGAGCGGAGUGGAGGACAGCAUCGGUGAUAUUAAGUCACUACAACACUACACAGCAUCUGCUGACUCGCUGGACCGGCACCGGAAUUCACCAUUCAUUGCAGUAGGUGGCACUAUUGCUGCAGUCCCAACACAGCCUGAGAAGCGUAGUGGUCUGUCAGCACCACUCCGUGGUCAUUCCCAUUCCUCAACUUCCAUGUUCGACGAGGAGUCCAAGGAGAUGAGAGUGCAGCAAGAUGGAGCGGUGCUCCACACGCUUGAAUCCCCCACAGGAGGAGGAGGAGCGCCGGUGUCCUUCCCAGAUGAAAGCGUGUCCGUCCUGACCUCCAGUAGCCUAUUGGCGCGUUCCCUGCUGGGCCGCACGGCCGCCAUCAAACGCAAGGAGAGCCCCUCGUCCAGCAUCAGACGCAAGCGUGAAUUCAUCCCGCUUGACAAGAAGGAUGAAGGUUACUGGGAUAAGAGGAGGAAGAACAACGAGGCGGCGAAGCGUUCCCGUGAAAAGCGUCGUGUGAACGACAUGGUUCUGGAGAGCCGCGUGCUGGCACUGCUGGAGGAGAACGCUCGUCUCCGGGCCGAGCUUUUGGCUCUGAAGUUCCGGUUUGGUUUAGUGAAAGACCCGUCCAACGCCUCCAUCCUGCCCUUGUCGGCCGCUCCUCAACACGCCGCUCCAAGUGUGACCCCCCACUAUUAUCUCCUCAACUCCUCAUCCUCGCACACAAACAACAUGACAGGUCAGCUGAGUGGGCGGAGCUCCAGGGAGGCUGGUAACCUGUCAGAAGACUCAGGGUUCUCCACCCCGGGGGGCUCCAGCGUGGGCAGCCCCAUCUUCUUUGAAGACAGGCUAAGCGACAAUGGCAAAGCAUCGCCUCUCAGAGCGGAGGAGGUGACCUUUGACAUGUACGCGUCUGAUGUCCACCACACUGCAGCCAAGGUGGACCAGGCUGAGGCGAUGAAGAACCUCCCUCAUAAGCUGCGUUUCAAGACGCCCGGUAAUACCGAGGGAGGUGACGCCGCUGGGGACCCCGGCAGCACCAGACGCAGCCCUGCACCCCCUGCAGGGGAGGGUCACCGCGAGACCCUUAACGGUCACGGACUGAGCGGAGGCGACAAUGGAGAGGGGCACUCGACUCCCUGGCUCCCCCUGCAGGGCGACGACAGCAGGAGGGGGAGACAGUCUCCCCAGUGCAUCGCCUCACCCACAAACCCCAACAUCCAGCCUACCGCUCAAGGUCACACAGAGGUCAAGUAUCAGCAUGAGAACCACUACCUGAAGUCUCAGCUCAACUGUCUGAGCAAAGAAGUGGCUCAGCUGAAGAAACUUUUCACAGAGCAGCUCAUGGCCAACGCCAACUAAGAGCCCUCACACAAUAAAAAGGACCCAAAACCUCCAACAAUGUGAUGUUUUGAAUCAAAUACUGUAUUUUUUUUUGUAAUAAAUGUCUAUAAAUAACCUACUGUUUAGGUUUAACGCCUAAUCUCUCAGGCAUGGAGCUUCCUACUCGUGUACAAUUAUGUCUUUCAUUGCACUGUGACUAGAAGAACUGCACACAUUUGGAGUGUUUGCAGUUCUGACUAUAGAGACUGAUUGAAGAAGUCAGAAUAUAACCAGAGAAGGUAGCAUGCACACACAAUCAAAAUGUAGAGGCCCAACUCUGGACUCCUGAUAUUGUAUUUGUUGACUUCAUUUUCAUGCCAAUAAGUCUUCUUUUAGAGCACUGUUUUUAUUUUAAAUAAACUCAUUUCGACAUUGA